AUGCAUCUGUCAUGCGGUAACGCUCCAACAACACCCGUGGUCUUGCUUCCAGCAGAUCAUCGUGCUCCUUCCGCAAUUCUGGCGACGUGUCCAUAUCUACUCACCCCCUGGAGCCCUUGCGUAAUCAGAUAUUCGAGGCCUGAACAACAUUCACCGUGCACCGGGACAACGCGACUUAGUGCGACUUACGAAAAUUCGAAGCUCGACGGUUCUGCCAGAGUGUCCGCACUGAAGGACGCGGUGAAGGUCGUCAAUCCUUUCUACUCUCCUUCCGUGGGCGAUGAUGGCGACGACAAGUACGAGUUCGCUCAAUACAAGCCCCGUUUCCCCGAAAUUAAAUGGGCGCCUCUCGGAGAGAUAGCCGUGACCGAGCGUGGCUUGCUCGCAGACAAAUCGAAGAAGAACCUUUUUUCAGCUGCAACCAAGGUGCAGAACUUGACGCCAGCCAUUGGGACCGAGAUCGAGGGCAUCGAUCUCAGACAACUGACAAGCACGCAGAAGGAUGAACUUGCCUUGCUCGUCGCCGAACGCGGUGUCGUCUUCCUGCGGGACCAAGAGUUUAGCAUUCACGAGCAGCUAGAGCUCGCUCGUCAUUUCGGCCCUCUUCACAAGCAUGCUACCACGCCUAUUCCUAGGGAGCCUGGUCUGGAGGAGGUUCAUGUCGUCUACAAUGACGCCACCCGCCGCCCAGACUCGAGCACCUUCUCCAAGCUGGAACUCUGGCACUCGGAUGUCUCUUACGAAGCUCAACCUCCCAGCACCACUUCCCUCAAGGUGAUCAGCGGUCCAGAGUACGGCGGUGACACGCUUUGGAGCUCUGGCUACGCCCUUUACUCGUACUUCAGCCCUGCUUUCCAGAAGUACCUUGAGUCGCUGUCGGCGGUCCACAGCGGGGUUGCACAGGCGGAGGGGAACCGGGCUGCUGGGCUUCCGGUUCGCCGCGAGCCUGUGGAAUCGAUCCACCCGGUCGUCCGUGUGCAUCCUACCACAGGCUGGAAGUCCAUCUACGUGAACCCCGGUUUCACACGUCGCAUCGUGGGCCUUCCCAAGGCGGAGAGCGACGCUAUCCUUAACCUUCUCUUCCAUCAGAUAAGCGAGAACCCCGAUUUCCAGGUGCGCUUCCAUUGGAGGCCGAAUUCGAUUGCCAUCUGGGACAACAGAGUUGUUACGCACUCGGCAACGUUCGACUUCUGGCCGCAGCGGAGGCAUGCGCUGCGUGCGACCCCGCACGGCGAGCAUCCCAUCUCCGUGGACGCGUACGAGGGGGAUGGCAAAGUAGCGAAAGACAGGCAGGUGGAGAUCUGGGCUGAGCAGGGCAUCUCCCGCGUGGAGAACGCGAACCCGACUAAGCCUCGAGGAUACAGUGACUGA